CUCCUCCCAUCUCCAGACGCAUAUAUCCCACACGCGCCGCGGACACCGAACACCAUCCCAAUUCCCAUCCACCUUUUCUUCCCUCAAGCGAAUUCCUCAGAGACGCGAGCAGAGACCAGGGACGAUUCCGAUUCCAACCAUGGUGAUGAUGAAGCAGCUCCGGCGGGUGCGCACGCUGGGGCGCGGCGCGUCGGGCGCCGUGGUGUGGCUGGCCUCCGACGAGGCCUCCGGCGAGCUGCUGGCGGUCAAGUCGGCGCGCGCCGCGGCCGCCGCGGCGCAGCUCCGGCGCGAGGGACGCGUCCUGGAGGGCCUCUCCUCGCCGCACAUCGUGCCCUGCCUCGGCGCCCGCGCCGCGGCUGGCGGGGAGUACCAGCUCCUCCUCGAGUUCGCGCCCGGCGGCUCGCUCGCCGACGAGGCCGCCAGAAGCGCCGGGGGCCGCCUCGACGAACGCGACAUCCGGGCCUACGCCGGGGACGUGGCGCGCGGGCUGGCGUACCUCCACGCGCGCGCGCUCGUGCACGGGGACGUCAAGGCCCGGAACGUGGUGAUCGGAGCCGAUGGCCGCGCCAGGCUCACCGACUUCGGCUGCGCCAGGCCCGUCGAGUCCGCGCGCCCGAUCGGGGGCACCCCGGCGUUCAUGGCACCCGAGGUGGCCCGCGGGGAGGAGCAGGGCCCGGCCGCCGACGUCUGGGCGCUCGGCUGCACGGUCGUCGAGAUGGCCACGGGGCGCGCGCCGUGGAGCGACAUGGACGACCUCCUCGCCGCGGUCCACCGGAUCGGGUACACCGACGCCGUGCCGGAGGUGCCCGCGUGGCUGUCGGCGGAGGCCAAGGACUUCCUGGCCAGCUGCUUCAAGAGGCGCGCCAGCGCCCGGCCCACGGCCGCACAACUCCUGGCGCACCCGUUCCUCGCCUCCGCCGCGGCCGUCCGUGACCUGCCGGCGAAGCAGGAGUUCCCGUCCCCCAAGAGCACGCUGCACGACGCGUUCUGGGACUCGGACACCGAGGAUGAGGCGGACGAGAUGUCGACGGGCGCCGCAGAGAGGAUCGGCGCAUUGGCGUGCGCCGCGUCCGCCCUGCCCGACUGGGACUCCGACGAAGGCUGGAUCGACCUGCAAGGCGACGACCGCUCGGAAACUGUCGAUGACGCACCACCGGCGACGGCGGAGGCCAGCGCCGCCGCCGAGGACUACUUCGUCUGGGCGGAACCAUCAGAUGCAGCAGAGUUCGAGCAGUUCUUCGCCACCGCCGCCACAGAUGUCAGCGACCUUCUCCAUCUUCCGCGCAUCGCAGGAGUAACUGUUUCCACCGCCGCCAUUAGCCAGGCCAGUUACUUGCCAAUGUAUCUAGGCGUGCAUGAAAAUAAAAUCCCACACCCGUUCGAUGACGACGGGAUCGAAACGGCGGAAUCCCGCGGUGCUUGUAACAGGAACAGAGUAAAAAUCAAACGAAUUUCGCUCAAAAUUCCCGUAUUUGCCAUCACCUGGUUGGCGAGCCCCGUACCCUUCAUGUGCGUACGCCCCCACACCAAUGACGCCGACCGCGAUCGGACUCGUGCGCCAACAGCAAAUCCGGCCGUACCAUCGUUAGCAAGGUAGGCAGGUUCGUUCGCCGAGUGGCUCGACGUACGGCAUGCUAGAAGAGGGCCAAUCAGAUGCUCGCACGAUGCUGUGUCAGCAUGACGUCACGUCCGCACAUGCCUGCAUUGCUCCGGUUGCAUAUCUGAGUGGACAUCACUUGAUCCAGGGGAUGUC